GUAGCAAGUCCACCCUGAAGCCUAAAUCAUGCGGAAGAGUAUUGACUAGUGUUGAAUUCAUGACAUGUAUAGAGGAAAAAGAAAGAAUGAAGCAGGAAGCCUUGAAGGAGAAGGAGCGUAAAAGAAUUGCUAGACUUGAGAACCAGAAGGAAGCUAAUAGAGUAAAAGAGUUGAAGAGAAGUGCAAAUUUUACUAUGAGUGAGCACAGGCAAUUCUCUAAGAGGUUUGAAAAUGGGUAUGACAUUCCGGAUGAGAGGUAUGAGUUAUGGAUUCAGUUAUAUCGUCCUAAUAUGACAUCUCAAGAUUCAAAUGCUGAAGAUGAAGACCAAGAUUCCUUGAGUAAUGACACUGAUGAAGGAGAAGAGCUUUCAAUGAGUGCUGCAAACAGUAUAGAGACACAGACACAUACUGUCACAGCUAAUAACAGAGCAAAAAGAGUUGCACCUAUCAAGGGAACCGCUGCUACUAAAGUUGAUGCCUCUGUUACUUCUAAUGCUAAGAAGGCUGUGAGGUCUAAAGAGACAGCAAUUGCUGUACCUACUACUAGGAGUGUUAGAUAUAAAGAGAGAGUUUUACUUACUGAAGAAAGUGUUAGAGCUAAAGAGACAGUUGAACCCACUACAGAUAUUAGUACUGCAGCCAAAGAGAGCAAUAGAACUAAAGGAACAGAGAGAGUUAUACGUACUGCUAAGGGGAGUAAGGGAAGUGUUAGAACUAAAGAAACAACUGUAAGUCCUGCUAAUGCAACUACUGCUAAGAAAAGUGCUAAAGAAUCAGCUGAUUAUCCUACUGCAAAGAAGAGUGUUCGAAGUGCACAUAGAGUUGAUACAAGAAGGAGUGUCAGAACUAAACGUAAAAUGGAAAGAGUUGGACAAUGUACAGUGAAUAAUGGUAUUGCUAAAGAUGCAGUCCCUCCUACUACUUAUGCUACCAAAAGGAAUGUUAAAUCUAAAGUCAAGUCUGAUUGUUCCCUAAAGCAAUGUUCACAUCCUGAUGAGUCUAAUUGGGUCUUUUGUUGCAGCUGCAACCAGUGGUAUCACUGAUAUUGUUAUAAAAUUUCAUUUCAAAAGGCGAAAUUAAAAAACUUUAAAUUUACAUGUAACAACUGUAAAUAAUAACUAAUUUUAAUAAUAAUCAAUAAUGUUAGGCGUGUCCGUUUAUUGUAGAA